AUGGCUUCACAUCAAAUAUCAGAAACUUGUGCUGAACAUAAUAUUUCAAUAGCUGACGAUGAUGUUCGGAAGGUCCAAAGGCUGCGACGAGCUCAAUGGCUCCGAGCAGCUAUUCUAGGAGCUAAUGAUGGUUUGCUUUCCACUACGUCACUGAUGCUUGGCGUAGGUGCAGCAAAGGAAGAUAGAUGGUCCAUGGUCUUAUCUGGACUAGCUGGAACUCUUGCAGGUGCCUGUAGCAUGGCUGUUGGGGAGUUUGUUUCCGUUUCGACCCAGAGAGAUAUUGAAAGGGCAUCUAUUAGACACUUCAGUCCUAAACAUGAUGCGAAAGAUGAUCCUGGAAUCGGACUCGAUAUCACUGCCACUCCAGCAAGCAUGAAUGGAGAAGCGAAGCUGGAUGAUCCCCCUGGAAAUAUACAGCUUGCCAAGAUCAUCUCUGAGCCAAUACAGAGAAUGUCACCAAGUAUGAUCCUUGAGCCAAAGUUGCCACCAGGAAUGUCUCCCGGAAGGUCUCCUGCAAUGAAAGUAAUUCAAGAAGACACAAAGAAAAGCGCUGAAAUACGGCCAGAGGAUGACGGAGGGGAGGUGUUAACAAACCCCUACAAGGCUGCAGUUGCAUCAGGUUUAUCAUUUUUGAUAGGAUCAUGUGUGCCUUUGCUCUCUGCCAUGCUUGUUGCUCAAAAUACUGUUAGGGUUGUGGUGAUUUCUGUGGUUGCAUCAAUAGCUCUGGCUUUUUUCGGAGGCUUCGGAGCUUAUCUCGGUGGUUCACAGGUAAGGAUAUCUGCAGUAAGAAUUCUACUUGGAGGUUGGAUUGCUAUGGCAAUUACUUAUGGGUCGCUCAAGCCUUUUGAUAAGGAUCAUAGUUGA